GUGUGUUAGUGAAUGUGAGUACGGGGAAGCAUCGGCCGCCAUUUCAGGGAGCUUGCCGACGCUGUCGCAGGGGUGGAUCCUGUGCUGCCGAAGCCGCCGUCCUGCUCCUACGUACGGGCUCUUCUAAUCCCAUUGUUUCUUUUAGAUUCGCUCGGGCCUAGUCGCCCUCGGAGCCCGAUAUACGGGCUGGGCGGUACCGCGGCCUGGGCCUAGGGGCUUAACAGUAGCAACAGCGGCAGCGGCGGCGGCGGCAGCAGCAGCAGCAGCAGCCGCAGCAGUAGCAGCAGUAGCAGCGCAGCGGACUCGGGACAAGUACUACAGGCGCCCCAAAGCCCGCAUAGGCGUUUAGAGAAAAUGGCAGACGAUAUUGAUAUUGAAGCAAUGCUUGAGGCUCCUUACAAGAAGACUUGCCUAACGAUAUCUCACCUCUACUCCCAUGAAUUCACCUUUGAUUCCAGUGUGAACUGUCAAUCAUAAGGAUGAGAACAAGUUGAGCAGUGCUAACGGCCAUGAAGAACGUAGCAAAAAACAAAGUUUCUGCCUCCUUGGAAAGCUCUACAUCUCCUUGUGAUUGGAGUGUGGGUUUCAAGAUUCCAGAAGGAGGAAAAAAAGCAAGAGCAGAAGUCGCAGUCAUGAACGAAAACGAAGCAAAAGUAAGGAACGAAAGCGAAGUAGAGAUAGAGAAAGGAAAAAGAGCAAAAGUCGGGAACGGAAGCGAAGUAGAAGCAAAGAAAGGAGACGAAGCCGCUCAAGAAGUCGAGAUCGAAGAUUCCGAGGACGCUACAGAAGUCCCUACAGACGACGUUCCCGAAGCAAAAGUCCAUUCAGAAAAGACAAGAGUCCUGUGAGGGAACCUAUUGAUAAUCUAACUCCUGAAGAAAGAGAUGCAAGAACAGUUUUCUGCAUGCAGUUGGCAGCAAGAAUUCGACCAAGAGAUUUGGAAGAGUUUUUCUCCACAGUAGGAAAGGUUCGAGAUGUGAGGAUGAUCUCUGAUAGAAAUUCAAGACGUUCCAAAGGAAUUGCUUAUGUGGAGUUUGUUGACGUUAGCUCAGUGCCUCUAGCAAUAGGAUUAACUGGCCAGCGAGUUUUAGGAGUGCCGAUCAUAGUACAGGCAUCACAGGCAGAAAAAAACAGAGCUGCAGCAAUGGCAAACAAUUUACAAAAGGGAAGUGCAGGACCUAUGAGACUUUAUGUGGGCUCAUUACACUUUAACAUAACUGAAGAUAUGCUUCGCGGGAUUUUUGAGCCUUUUGGAAGAAUUGAAAGUAUCCAGCUUAUGAUGGAUAGUGAAACAGGUCGUUCUAAGGGUUAUGGAUUUAUUACAUUUUCUGACUCAGAAUGUGCCAAAAAGGCUUUGGAACAACUUAAUGGAUUUGAACUAGCAGGAAGGCCAAUGAAAGUUGGUCAUGUUACUGAACGUACUGAUGCAUCCAGUGCUAGUUCAUUUUUGGACAGUGACGAACUGGAAAGGACUGGAAUUGACCUGGGAACAACUGGUCGUCUCCAAUUAAUGGCAAGACUUGCUGAGGGUACAGGUUUGCAGAUUCCACCAGCAGCCCAGCAGGCUUUACAAAUGAGUGGCUCUUUGGCAUUUGGUGCUGUGGCAGAAUUCUCUUUUGUUAUAGAUUUGCAAACACGACUUUCCCAACAGACUGAAGCUUCAGCUUUAGCUGCAGCUGCCUCUGUUCAACCACUUGCAACACAGUGUUUCCAACUCUCUAACAUGUUUAACCCUCAAACAGAAGAAGAAGUUGGAUGGGAUACAGAGAUUAAGGAUGAUGUGAUUGAAGAAUGUAAUAAACAUGGUGGAGUCAUCCAUAUUUAUGUUGACAAGAAUUCCGCUCAGGGCAAUGUGUAUGUGAAGUGCCCGUCAAUUGCUGCAGCUAUUGCUGCCGUCAAUGCAUUGCAUGGCAGGUGGUUUGCUGGUAAAAUGAUAACAGCAGCCUAUGUACCUCUUCCAACUUACCACAACCUCUUCCCUGAUUCUAUGACAGCAACACAACUACUGGUUCCAAGUAGACGAUGAAGGAAGAUAUAGUCCCUUAUGUACAUAGCUUUUUUUUUUUUUUUUCUUGAGAAUUCAUCUUGAGUUAUCUUUUAUUUAGAUAAAAAUAAAGAGGCAAGGGUCUACUGUCAUUUGUAUACAAUUCCUGUUACCUUGAAAAAAUAAAAAUGUUAACAGGAAUGCAGUGUGCUCAUUCUCCCUAACUAGCAAAUCCCACUGUAUACAAAGCUGUUCUCGUUCUGCCUUUUAAAAUGUUCAUGUAGAAAAUUAUAUUAAGGAUCUAUAGGAAUAGCUCUAGGGGAACAAAUGUGCUUUCUGUACAAAGGCAGACAGGUAUGUAAUGAUGUUUUUAAUGUUUCAGAAGCCUAACUUUUUACACAGGUUACAUUUCACAUUUCACUAAUGUUGAUAUUUGACUCAUGGUUUAGCAGAGGUUUCUGGAAUACACAUUUAGUGUAUGGGAAUUCAAGCCAGGUAAAGGGCUGUUUGGCUAGCAUCUCAUCUUGCAUUUUGAUCAUUUGGCAAGAAAGGGAGAUUUCAAAAUUAUAUUUCUUGAUGGUAACUUUUCAAUUAAUGUAUCUGUAAAAGUUUCUUUGUAAAUAUUAUGUGUUCUGGUGUGUCUUAAGAUUCCAAACAAAAUGAUCACUGCAUUUCCUGAAGAUGUUUAGUUAAGAGUCUGGUAAGGCAAAGAAGUCUCAGCAAGAAAUAGGAAAUGCAGAAAUAGGUUUUGUCUGGUUGCAUAUAAUCUUUGCUCUUUUUAAGCUCUGUGAGCUCUGAAAUAUAUUUUUGGGUUACUUCAGUGUGUUUGACAAGACAGCUUGAUAUUUCUAUCAAACAAAUGACUUUCAUAUUGCAACAAUCUUUGUAAGAACCACUCAAAUAAAAUUCUCUUAAAAAGGC